AUGAACCUGAAUCCACCAUGCCCUUUGAGCCAAUUCCUGGGCCAACUCAACCUGGAAGAAUGCAGCACUAUUACGUUCGACAAUGCCAGGGGUUUACCGCAGAGGUGCUCGCAGAGCGCCCAAAAGACGAGACUCAAACGUCCAUCAUCCGGCCGCUAUUCUUGUCGGUGGGAGAGUUCCGCUCCUUCGGCGGCUCCCGUGCAACGAGUGCCACGGAGUCUGUCACCCCAAAAGCCUACCCGUCGGGCCAGCAUUGAGAAAACACCACAACUGCCGCCACUCUCCAGGCAUCUUCAGUCACCGGAAAAGCCCCAACGAAGAGGAAGCUUCGAAGGCAACAGUGGUUUUCCCCGAAAGUCCAUGACUCCCUCUGCGGCAUGA